UAGUGUUAAUUUUCCAGCAUUCGAUCGGUCUAAAAAUAUUCUGUGGAAACAUAUCUAUGCGACAAUGAAUAUAUGUCAUUAAUCUAUGUGUAUACAUAUGUUCGAAUUUUAACAAUGAAUUAUUGACUUAGUGUUUUAUGUUGUAUUGAUUAUUAUAGUAUUCACAUCAAUUAUACUUUUAAGUAAAAAUGUCAGAGAUCAAUACGGAUCACAUUGACUCUGUGGAAGAGGAACUAGAAGUAGAAUCUAAUUACAAACCUCCACCAGAAAAAACAAUAGAGCAAAUUUUAGAAGCAGACAAGGAAGAUGAAAGUUUACGUAAAUAUAAAGAAACGCUUUUAGGGGAAGCAAAAUCAGGAGGCGUUAUUGUAGAUCCAAAUGAUCCAAGAAAAGUAAUAGUUAAGAAAUUAGCACUUUGUGUAGCAGAUCGACCAGAUAUGGAAUUAGAUUUAACAGGUGAUCUUACCCAGCUAAAGAAACAAACGUUCGUAAUAAAAGAAGGUGUUAGUUACAGAAUCAGGAUUGACUUCAUUGUGCAACGUGAAAUUGUACAUGGUCUAAAAUAUGUUCAAAAAACUUACCGCCUUGGAGUACCUGUGGACAAGAUGAUGCAUAUGGUAGGUUCUUAUCCACCAAAAACAGAAGUACAAUCAUAUACUACUCCAACGGAGGAUGCACCAGCUGGCGUAAUGGCACGUGGUUCUUAUAGUGUAAGCUCGUUGUUUACUGACGAUGACAAACAUGAACAUCUGAAGUGGGAAUGGUCAUUUGAAAUUAAGAAAGAUUGGAAAGAAUAAAUUUCUUUUCGUGCUGGGAAAGCUUUACAAUGAUUGCAAUUAAAAUAAGAAUGCCAAAAGGGACUCUAAUUUUUAUAGAUAUUCAGUCAUAAUAUGAUGCCAUAACUGUAUUUUUAAGUAAUAAGAGAAAGAGUAACAUUGAUAUUUA